AUGCCUGAGUUCGCGGAGAAUGACAGCCCGGAGAGCAAUGCCCCGACUCCAGAGAUUGCUGCAGGGUUCAAGAAUGACGAGGAACAGCCAGCCAACUCAUCACGGUUUGUCCACCCUUCGGGCAAGAGCGGUCAUGGGCUUGGUAUGCAAAUACUACGGGGCAUUACAUUCACCGUUUACUUUACAUUUUGCUGCUUUGCAAUCGUCAUCACUCAAACUAUCGGUGCCCCAUUGUACUUUAUCAACCGCGAGUGGUUUUACGCAUACAUGGCCAUGACAAAGCAGUCCUUUGCACUCACGAUUACUGUCAUGACUCAUAUUUGGGGCCCUGCUCUCGUUCGUAUUAGCGGUGAUGAGUCUGUAGCUGGACAAAUUUUGGCCACUCCUGGUGGCGGCGUCGAGUUCAAAUUUCCGGAACGCAUGGUUAUGAUUGCAAACCACCAAAUCGCCGCCAGACAGGGGCUAACGCCAGUCGCCGCGCAGAUUUACACAGAUUGGCUGUACUUGUGGUGGGUUGGUUAUGCAAAUCGGCCAGGAAUGCAUGGGCACAUCUACAUCAUUCUCAAAGAAUCUCUAAAGUACAUACCAUUCAUAGGAACUGGCAUGAUGUUUUACGGUUUCAUCUACAUGUCGAGAAAGAUGGCUACGGAUCAACCCAGGCUGGCUUAUCGAUUGAACAAACUCAAGCAGAAGAAGAUUGACCCAUCGGGCAGGGCUUAUUUUGACCCCAUGUGGCUUCUUCUGUUCCCGGAAGGCACUAAUCUGUCCAGAAAUGGCCGGAAAAAGUCUUCUCAGUGGGCAGAAAAGAAUGGUCUCAAGGACCCCGAUCAUGUCAUGUUGCCCCGAAGCACAGGCAUAUUCUUCUGUCUGAAUGAGCUGAAGGAUACAGUGGAUUAUGUAUACGACUGUACUGUGGCCUACGAAGGAAUACCUCGAGGUAAAUACGGAGAAGAAAUCUUUGGGUUGGCAAGCACAUACUUUCAGGGCCGCCCCCCGAAGUCGGUAAAUCUGUACUGGCGGCGAUUUCGGCUUGCUGACAUCCCCCUCAACGACCAGAAGGAAUUUGACAUCUGGCUUCGGGACCAAUGGUAUAAGAAGGAUGCGUUAAUGGAGGAGUAUCUCAAAAAGGGCCGUUUCCCAGCCUUGACCAGGGGCAAGACCGAGUAUGUUGAGACUGAAGUCAAAACUAGACACCCGUGGGAAAUCUUGCAAAUAUUCACCGUUGUGGGAACCGCUGGGUUGCUGUGGCACAACGUGCGGAAGUUUCUGUCAACAAUCGCAGCCAAAGUGGGCGUAAUGGUAUGA